GAAUUUUCUUUCACGGAGCAUAUAAUUUUUCCUUUUUUCAUUUUGCUUUACAGUCUCCCUCUCUCUCUAUCCCUUCUCGAUCUCGAUCUCGACAGCCAUUCUUCAACGCCAUAUCUUCAGAUCUAGCAUAUGGUGAAGGAGGCUGUAAAUUUAUCAUGAAAAUUGAUUGAGCUAGCCAAUUCAGCAUCUCUCAGGCAAGGGUGAGAUGAAGAAGGUUUUUGAUCAAACUGUCCGUGACAUCAAGAGAGGGGUCAACAAGAAAGUUCUUAAAGUCCCAUCAAUUGAGCAGAAGGUUCUUGAUGCAACUAGCAAUGAGCCCUGGGGUCCUCAUGGAUCCCUUCUGGCUGAUAUUGCUCAGGCAACUAGAAACUAUCACGACUAUCAGAUGAUCAUAUCAGUAAUAUGGAAGCGUAUAAAUGAUACUGGAAAAAAUUGGCGGCAUGUUUACAAGGCAUUGACCGUCUUGGAAUACCUGAUAGCCCAUGGAUCUGAGCGUGUCAUAGAUGAUAUCAAGGAACAUGCAUACCAAAUAUCAACAUUGUCCGAUUUCCAAUACAUAGAUUCCACUGGAAGAGACCAGGGUAACAAUGUUAGAAAGAAGUCUCAGAGCAUAGUAGUCCUUGUAAAUGAUAAGGAAAGGAUACAAGAGGUUCGCCAGAAGGCCGCUGCUAAUAGGGACAAAUUCCGCAGUAGUCCUAGUGGUGGUAUGUAUCAUCCUGGCUCCGGAGGGUAUGGAGACAGAUAUGAUGAUGAUCGAUAUGGAAACCGAGAUGAUGAUAGGAAUGGCUAUGGGAGAGAUAGAGAAUGGGGUUCUAGAGAUGAGGAUAGAUAUGGUCGGUAUGGGGAAUCAUAUGGUCGUGAUGGAGACAGGUAUGGUAGAGAUAAUGAGGAGCGAUUUGGCCGUGAUGGGUACAAGGAUGAUGAUUACCAAGGAAGAAGUCAAAGCAAUGAUGAUUAUAAUUAUGGGUCAAGAAGUAGAAGUGCUGAUCAGGAGAGAAAUCCUGCUAAUGAGGAUGACAGCCAAUAUUCUUCAAGUACUGCUGGUAAGAGGGUUGAAAGUAGAUAUUCUGGGCAAAACGCUGGUGCACCUCCUAGUUAUGAGGAUGUUGUUGGUGGCACCAGCAGUCCUUCAUACAAUGAAAGUAGGGAUGGAGAAUCUUCACAAGCAUAUGCCCCUAAUGUGUCCUCCUCCAAAGAUGCUAUCCCAAACCAUACAACAACCCCAGCUGCUCCACACCCUAUUCCUGCUUCACCUCCUGCUUCAGUAUCUCCUCCUACUUCAGUUCAGACUACAGCUCAGGAUAGCAACCGUGAAGUUACUGGAUUUGAUGAAUUUGAUCCUAGAGGUUCAUUUUCAGCCGCCCCUGCCACCUCAAAUGGUAUAACUCCUGCCGCAUCUGCUGUGGAAAUGGAUUUGCUGGGUGCUCUGUCUGAGCCUUUUUCUUCAAAUCCGCUGGCUCUCGUACCUGCUGGGCAGCCCGAUGCUUCAUCUGAAGCUAAUCCCAAUGCAGGCUUUACCUCUGGACCCACAUUUGUAGGUGGGCCGCCACCACCAGCAACUGACAAUCAGCCUUUCGAUGAUCCAUUUGGCGAUGGUCCUUUCAGAGCUAUUACAUCUACAGAUGGUGUACCAACUGAACAACAGAUCAAUACAUCAUCUGAUUCAUUCACUGUGAAUUCCAAUCAGAGCCUUGAUGUGCCUCAGUCAGUUCCUCAGAAAUCAGCUACUGAAGUUGGGGGUGCAUUUUAUGAUGCAACGAACAUGGCGUCUUCUCCUUUUGGAAUGCCACCCACUUCAGCCACACCAAUUCCACAACAGGAGUCAUCAACUACUAGCUACGAGAUCGAUAUAUUAGCAGACAUUCUACCUCCCUCAGCCCCCCUAUCUUUUGUCAAUACACAAUCUGGUUACCAAUCUGCACCAAACCAAUCUCUGCCUCACAACGAGUUUCCGCCUCAAACCAAUCAACCCACCAUGCAGCCAUCUCUAACUGGUCAGUAUGCAACCCAAAAUGGUUUUCAAGCACAACCUGGCCAACCUGGUGGUUUUCCUCCUACUCAACUUGGACAGCCUUCGAUGCAAGCGAACUAUCCUCCUCAACCAGCACACUCUGCUCCACAAGCAGGCUUUCCUUCUCAAACCAUGCCUUUAGCCCUCCCUGGUCAAGCUGGUCAGGCACCACAUUCAGGUUUUCAUCCUCAAGGUGGUUCUAUGCUGCCAAAUCAACUAAACAUGAACUUUUAUGGAGCUUACCAUCAUCAAUCAGUGGCUGCAGCCCCAGCUGGUGGAUACGUGGUUCCUCCUACUUCCACGGGAGUUGCUACAAAUCAAAAUUUCCUUUCACAUAUGGGUUCUCAAGCUCCACAAGCACAAUCAAGCACCCUCGUGGCUCCAGUGCCUGUUACUCAAGCUUCAAUAGGUUCUUCUGCUGUAGCACCAAAACCAGACAAGUUCGAGACCAAGUCCACUGUUUGGGCUGACACUCUGAGCCGUGGACUGGUUAACCUCAAUAUUUCUGGAUCAAAAACAAAUCCAUUGGCUGAUAUAGGAGUUGAUUUUGAUGCCAUAAAUCGCAAGGAGAAAAGGAUGGAAAAACAACCAGCAACAACUACAGUAGCAUCUACAGUUACCAUGGGCAAAGCAAUGGGCUCUGGAUCUGGGGUUGGACGUGCUGGUGCCGGUACUCUAAGGCCUCAGCUGAACCCAAUGAUGGGUUCUGGUAUGAAUUUUAACAUGGCCGGUGGUCCCGGUGGGGGCAUGGGCAUGGGUGGCUAUGGGGGAGGCCAACCAAUCGGGAGAGGGAUUGGGAUGCGGAUGGGACCGGGUGUAGGUAUGAAUAUGCCAGGACCUAUGGGGAUGGGAAUGGGAAUGAACAUGGGUAUGGGCCCAGGGAUGAACACGGGUAUAGGCCCGGGGAUGAACAUGCAACUGCCUAUGGGUCAUCUUCCUGGAAGUAACGUACCCGGGGGCUACAAUCCUACAAUGGGACCUGGAAACUACAGCCAACAUCCAUAUGGUGGCUACUGAUGAGCUCGCCCCUUAAGGUGACAUUGCUGGUUUAUUUUGCACAGAAAAUGAGUCCCCCACCCUUAAACGCGGAUUUACAAUCAGAUAUUGCAACCAACAAAAUUCUAUUCACUUGUAAUGUUUAUUGUUGGGUUUGUAUAACGUGUGUAUUCAUUCUUUUUGGGGUUUUGUUUUUUAUAUGCUAUAUACAUAUUUUUGGGUCACAAUGAGCUAUUGUACGUGCCCCAUAGUUCUAUAGUUGUUGCUGCGCGAUCUUGUAUAUUAUGGCUCACCUCUCUCGGGUGCCUAUUUUUUUGUUGUGAUGUUCCUAUGCACCAUUUUGACAGUGCUGUUGUUGAAAGGUGGUUGCGUACCAUGAAUAAAUUCGACAUUCAUUUUCCUUCCA